AAACUCCAAAAUGACCAGGCUUUAUGUGAAAUACCUUGAAAACACUCCGGUAUCAUUAUUUACUCAAAAGUUGCCUGUCCCUGAAGGAGAAGAGCCUAAUAUUUCUGACUUGGUCGCUGCUUACAAGGCUGCCACCACUCCCCGUUUUGAAAAUAUUCCUGUUGACGAGCUCACCAUCCAUUUUGUGGUGGAUGGUCCAGCCAUUCCCGGGAAUACUCUGUUGACCUCCAUUCAGGAACCAGUUGGUUCUUACGACCAUUCACUUGUCAUCAAAUCAAAAAAUGAUUCUGGUCAAAGUCUUGUUAAUCGUCUUACAGUAGACGGUAAAGCACAAAAUUCGAUGCUGCCAUUUAAGCUUUCUUGCAACCCUUUUGCUUAUCUAAAUGUUCAAUAUGUCCGGUUUGGUUAUUGUAAAUACCUUGCCGAUACGUUGGGCGUACAAUUGAACUUUGAUAAUCUUCCUCAUCGUGAUUAUGAUGUGAACUCUGAUUUUUUUCGUCAGAUAAUGGGAGCGCUUCUUAAAAAGGGGAUUAAGCGUGUGGUAUUUGAUGAAUCACAAAGACACCUUGGACUCAUUGAAUUCAUUGUCAAGGAAGGUGCUAAACGACCUCACUUUAUAAUAACGGGAACUCCUCCUCAUGGAAAAAACGCAAUUGAUUACGGAGGCAGCGCUUCAGCAAGAAUGGCAGGAGUCAAUUUAUCGGAUCUAAGACCUCCGGAAGUUAAACAACUGAUACGAGCUAUACUCCAAAUUGACAAAAUAAGCUCCAUCUGUGUUCUGAACUUUUGGACUGUCUUUGGUGGCGAUCCGUAUCUUUACCAACUCUUUGCAAAAGACAUGCUUGCUCAAUUGGAUGACGAUACCAGAUCCAAAAUUGCUCUUGGCGAGAAAUUUCCACAGGAUUUACUACAUAAGUGUAUCGAUGAAGCCAGAACAGCUCUUCGGGAAAGAGGCAUCAGUGCUGAUUUACUCAACGCGAUUCCAACAACUGGUGUCAGCAGGAUGGCUAUUCAGCAAGAUCUUCAAAAAGAUGUUUCUCAACUGGUGAGACGAGGACUCUUGAAAGAGAUUCCGUAUUUCUCAGACUCUAAAAAAUUUCGAAUUUGUUGGACUGACUACAACGAAGGACCUAACAUUGUUGAAAAAUCUUGGGCUCGAUGCCGGGGGUACGCAAUGGAAAAUAUUAUUUGUAGCUUUGUAGGAGAGGCUCUUUUUCGUAAACUUGGAGAUAUUCUUAACCUCCCGAGUAAUCGCUAUGAAUUAUAUGAAUAUUUUUACGAUGGAACUGAUGCUGAUAUACUUCUUCGUGAAAGGACACCUUCUUUGGGUGAUAUUGACAAAACUUGGAAGCGGCAUUGGGUUGUUUUUAACAUCAAAACCAGCAGUGAUGCUCUUUUGAAUACUGAUUCCGUGCAAAAGUUCUCUGGGUUGUGCGAAGCUAUUUCUAUGAAGGAAAAUGACCUUUUGGAUAAGUGUUCAUUGAUUCUCGUGGCUGCUCAAAUAGAUGAAGCAACAAAAGAAAAGUUGUUGGUAACCUGGCAAGACUUUGAUGUUCUCGGUGUCUACGAUUUGGAUUAUUUAUUUAGCAACGUACCUGAACCCGCUGUCAAAACUAAGCAUAAUUUGCUUGUAGUCGAACGAACGAUUGAAAAGGAAAUAAUUGAAAAGACGCAACACGAUACGAUUUCUUUGUCUGGUAGAUAUCGAUGCGGCAAGACUACUUUUUUGAAAGAAUGUUAUGGCGAAGAUAAUGGUUGUAUUUUUGUUGAACUUCCGGAAUCCAAGAUACAACCGCUUUCCUUGGAAUUGAAACGAAUUGAAUGUAAUUAAUAUACCGAAAGAAAUGAGAUUCUAUCCAU